AUGGAAGAUAUUGUCGUUUUUCUAGGAGUUCGAAAAAAGACGGAUCUAGAAGAGCUCAGGGUACAACUGAACAUAGUAAGAAACCUGCUGCAGGACAAGGUUCACGAAACCUUCGGAGUAAACCAUGUUUAUCCAACCCAACCUUUAGGUUUGACCUUAAUAACCGGAGAAGUGAGCUCUAUAGAAUACUGGAGACCGCAUGUUGAUAUUCUCACUUACGAGGAUACGCUUAUUCAUUACUCAGCCGUCCUCUACCUAUCCUCUAGUGGACAGGACUUUACUGGAGGAUCCUUCAAUAGGAUAGAUUAUACUGGGGGACCCUAUCAGAUCUCAGGAUAUUCUUCUGAGGGGCCCUUACUGUUUACUGCUGGAGAGGAGAAUGAGCACUACAUCGAACCCGUUCUUUCCGGUGCAAGGAUUGCUCUUGCAUUCUUCUUCACAUGUGAUCCUGAUUACACUAAUUAA